UCGGGGAAAUAGUCAAUUCUGGCUACUUUUUGUCCUAAGUUUACUUACUAUUCAAAAGGGAAUUUAUUGCCAUAUAUCAGCCGUUGUCCACAAAUAUCUCAUAAGAGAUUUUAUCCCCUGAUUCAGUCUGAUUCAAACAAUGAGAAUUCGCAUACGUGGUCCAAGAGGACAGUCCACAAUUUCCCUCCAAGAGAGCGCCUCUAUCCACGACCUCCAAGCCCAGAUCAGCGAGAAAACAGCAUUGACAUCGUACGACAUCAAGUACGGUUACCCCCCUAAACCACUCGAUCUCGACCAGCUAGACCCUGCCCUGUUGAUCGCAGAAAUUGGGACGAAUCUUGAUGGAGAGCAACUCAUUAUUAGCAAGAAGGAUGGGCUCUCCGCGAUGGACUCCUCCGCCAGCUCUCGCCAGCAACAGCAGCAACAGCCGGCGAUAACGGAUACUUCCAGCCCUAAAAUCUCGAAUAGAGUUGCGCAGACAACUCAGCAAACAAGAGAUAUCUUAAAGCCACUGUCAUUGAGCCGUAAGGCCAACACUGCUGUUGAAAAUGACCCUCCCGAGAUCCCCUCCCCCGAACACGGUUGCACAGUCGUUCUCCGCAUAAUGCCCGAUGACAAUUCUUGUCUAUUCCGAGCGGUCAGCAGCGCAGUGAUGGGCGCGAUGGAUGCAAUGACGGAGCUACGCUCAAUAGUUGCGCAAACAAUACAAGAGCAACCAGAUGUUUAUUCAGCUGCAGUGCUGGAAAAAGCUCCAGACGACUACUGCCGAUGGAUCCAGACGGAGGAUUCUUGGGGCGGCGGGAUCGAGUUAAGCAUCCUAAGCAAACACUUCGACGUCGAGAUCUGCUCGAUAGAUGUACAGUCGCUACGCGUUGAUCGUUUUAACGAGGACAAGCCGACAAGGUGUAUCGUGGUGUACUCGGGCAUCCACUAUGACGUUAUCGCGCUCUCCCCCUCCGACGAGCCGUAUACCCAUUCGUAUGCGCCGCCAGAAUUUGACACGAAGAUAUUCGAUGCUGCCGACCCUAUUAUCCUGGAGCGGGCAGUGGCGCUAUGCAAGAUCCUGCGUGGUAAGCACUAUUAUACGGACACCGCAUCGUUUACGAUCCAAUGCCAUACCUGCGGACGCCAGUUUGUGGGUGAGAGGGGGGCGACGAAACACGCUACGGAAACAGGCCAUUAUAACUUUGGUGAAGCACCUUAACGGGAUGAGUGAUGGCGAUCUACCUAUCCACGUAUUUUACUUAUGACGCAAUAGCGGCCGUACGCUCUAACGUUCAGUGCUGACUUUCAUGUGAUGAAGUGAAGAACACUUGUCUAAAUUGAAUACAUACAACUACAAAAUCUUCUACCUCCAUAAUGUGACCUGGCAGAGGAGGGUACGGGGAUUAUUAUAGAAGCGUUUUGUUCACUUUCAUAAUUGAAUAAUUCGCACGAUGUUCGGAUCGACAAUCGACCGCCUGUCUCAACCGCGAUUAUGUAUUAUAGUGUUUUCAGGCCCAUGUUAAUUCAGCCCCUGUGUAGUAGAUCCGCUCGCCUUCUGCCACAUUUUUGUUGCUGACACAGCGGCUCGUAAUAACAGGCUAAAAAGAAAGCUCUACAAUGAGAGACUCGAAGAACACUUUUCAAUAAUACCAAAAAUAGAUCCAAAUAUGACAGG